UUCCCUCCACAUAAUGCUGCCUGACCCACUCAAUUACUCCAGCUCUUUGUGUUUUGGUCAAAGAAUGUUUGCCAGGUGGUCCAUUUUAUCUCCGAUGCCCCUUUGAAAGGAUUCCUGUAUGGUCUCCCACAUCACUGCUUUCCUAAAUCUGUAACCCAAUAACAUUUUCAUCGUUAAAAACCAGCUCAAAACAUCCCUUACCUCCCGUGAAACUCUUACCUCCAGUAUUCCUCCCCCUACCUGAAGCAUCUCCCAUUUAAUUCCCUUUCCCUUACUCCCCUCCAGUCCCCCAUUCAAACGAGGUCGGAAGAAGGGUCUCGACCCGAAACGUCACCCAUCCCUUAUCUCCAGAGAUUCUGCCUGACCCGCUGAGUUACUCCAGCACUUUCUAUUUAUCCCCAAUCAAACAGAUGGAUGGAGUAGGUGGAAAAAGACUGGAGGAGAAAAGGAGAGGUCAGAUAAGGAGAAGAAAUGUAAAGCUGGGAGGGAUCAAUCUCGUUCAGACAAUUAUAUAACUCCUUGCAAUUCUGCUCGUAACAAUUAUUUGGCAGGAGGUAAUUCUCGUAUCAAAAGAGAUAAACUAUCAAAAUCGCAUACAAGAGGACAAUCAACAAACCAUCGCGAUUAUAUCAUUCUAAUCUCCAGUACAGUUACUCCAAAGUUAAAUAUAAAUGGAUUUGUUGCGACAUAUUUUCGUCAGUGAAGAUUUACAUCACGAUAAGAUAAAGUUAUAUAAGCCCAACUUCCUGCUUGUGUACACUUCAUUUCCAUGUUCCUGCAUGCAGCACGGACUAUCAUAAACCAUGGGAAUCUAUCCUAUCCUAUACCUGACUAUUCCUCUGUCACUGGCAGUGGGUCACGCUCUCUUCACAGGCGAAAGGAGAACGCAAAAUAAACUACUACUUCUUUCUUUGGAUGGUUUUCGCUGGAAUUAUGAUCAGGACGUUGAAACUCCGAAUUUUCAAAAGCUGGUCAAAGAAGGCGUGAAGGCAAAAUAUGUUACUCCUGCCUUCAUUACAAUAACUGCCCCAUCUCACUUCACUCUGGUAACAGGAAGAUAUAUCGAGUCCCACGGAGUGAUCCACAACAUGUGGUUCAACACCACCAGUGGACUGAAGAAGCCAUAUUACCAGGCACAAAGUGUCAAUGAUUACUGGGACAAUGGAACCCUUCCCAUCUGGAUCACUGCCCAGCGUCAGGGUUUAAGGACUGGUUCGAUACAUUUCCCUGGAACCAAGCCCAGUUACGAUGGAGACAAUAUUUACAUGAAGGUGGUGGAGCCUCCGAUGUACAACUAUAGGAAUGAAACAGCCUGGAUAGAGAACAUCAACAUAGUGAUGAGAUGGUUUGCCGUGGAUAAUCUAGACUUUGUCACACUCUAUAUUGGUGAACCAGAUGCCACUGGCCACAAGUUCGGACCAGAAUCGGAAAACAGAAAAGCAGUGGUGCGGAAACUGGACCAGAUACUGGGCUAUUUACUGGAAAGUAUAGAAAAGUUCAACUUGAAAUCCAAACUCAACGUGAUUAUUACUUCGGACCAUGGAAUGACGACUGUGCUGAAAGAGCCAGCGGUGAAUGAAAUUGUUCUGCGGAGAUUCUCCAACUUUUCAUUCAAAGACCUUGAUUUCGAUUUGGUUGAUUAUGGACCCACUGGUAUGCUGCUGCCCAAGGAAGGACAGUUGGAGAAAGUGUACCAGGCUCUCAAAGGUGCUCAUCCACACUUGCAUGUCUUCAAAAAGGAAGAUUUACCAAAAAGACUGCGAUAUUCCAACAAUUACAGAAUUCUCCCCAUUAUCUUGUUUGGUGACCUUGGUUACGUUGUUCAUGGGAGAGUCAAAGUCCAGUUUAACAAAGGCGAGCAUGGUUUUGACAAUCAGCAUAUGGACAUGAAGACAAUUUUCCGUGCAUUUGGUCCGGAUUUCAAGAAGAAUUAUUUGGCUGAGCCAUUUGACAGCGUGAACAUUUAUUCAUUAAUGUGUGAACUUCUGAACAUCCAACCUGAACCAAAUAAUGGAUCGCUGGAAUACACCCAAGAAAUGCUGAAUUACUACCAGAGCAGCAGUGAUGUUACCAACUCAACAUUGUUUCAGCUGGUUGUGGGUUUAUCAGUAGUGGUUGGUUUGCUGGUUCUAGCUGGCCUUGUAGUUGGCGUUUAUUCCUUUAUGAAGAGAAGGCAAGAGAAUUAGUGAAAAAUGAACAUCUGAAACAAACAAAAUCUAAGGUUAACUUUUUCACCUUACAACUACAACAAUUUGUUCUCAGCUGUGCUAAUGUUGAAGAUCUGUGUUCCUUAUUGUUCCUCUUUUACAUGUGGACCAUUUGUAAAUUAAAACUGGAAAUUAAUUUUAA